AGCGGAGCAGAGAGGACAGUCACCACAGAGAAGAAGAAGUUGCAAUGUGGUGUCAGCAGAGCCAAAGAAGAUGGUUUUGAGGAUGAGUUGCUAUUGACUGCCACAAAUCAGCCUCUCAGACAGGAAGCUGUCCAGCAGCCAUAAAAGACAUGUCAACAGCCCAGCACAGUGCUUAUAACUCUUAUGAGCAGAAUUUCUCCUCAAAUACUAACCUCAUACAUGACACCUGUUUAGGGAUAAAUUUGUGACUAUGAAAAAAAGAGAGCUGAGGUGUGUUAAGUUCAGGCCUGAAAACACAGAAAGCAGAGCAGAAAAUGAGCAUCCAUGACAGAGGAAAUGGUGGAAGAGACCGGGCCUCAGAUAAUCACAUGAGGAAUUUCAGUGCACCUUACAAACAUGGGACCACCUUCUCUGUGAACAUGUAGCCAUGGACUUCUAGAUUUUGCUCUGAUUAAACAUUUUAGGUGCAACACUGGUUCACAUAAUGUUCAAACGAUGAGGUCAUCACACUAUCUCCAGAGAUAAUGUUGUCAAACGUGGUGCUGGGUGUCUUCCUGGUCCUCCUCAUCCUCCUGACUGUAGGUGGUAAUGUGCUGGUGUGCCUGGCUGUCUGCGCCUCCCGACGCCUCCGCUGCCUCACUAACUGCUUCAUUGUUUCGCUGGCUGUCACAGACCUGCUGCUCGGCCUCUUGGUCCUCCCUUUCUCUGCUCUCCUCCUGCUCAACAAUGAAUGGCCGCUUGGUCCAGUCUUCUGCAACUUCUACAUUUCUAUGGAUGUCAUGCUCUGCACCGCCUCCAUUCUCACCCUCUUGGCCAUUAGCGUGGACCGUUACCUGGCUGUCACCAUGCCUCUGAGAUAUGCCUCGGUGGUAUUGCCAUCGAGAGUUGCUGUUGCCAUGGCCAGUGUUUGGACCAUUUCUGUGGCCGUGUCUUUCUUGCCCAUCCAUUUGGGCUGGAACACUGUGAAUGGGACGGUGCAAAACCAGGAGCCCUGGGCACCACAGAGGAAAUGCCGUUUUGAGUUGAACAGACCCUAUGCGCUUACUGACUCUCUCCUCACCUUCUACCUGCCUCUGGUGGUCAUGUGCUGGAUGUACCUACGAAUUCUUCGAAUUGCACAGGCACAGGCCAAACGUAUAGGCAGUGCCCGACCCACUUACACCACUUACAACUGCAGGAACGACCGUUCCACCACCACUACCAUGGCAGUUUCCAGUGUCACAGCUACAGCUCUGAGGGAGCACAAAGCCACAGUGACUGUGGCAGUAGUGAUCGGAGCUUUUGUUGUGUGCUGGCUGCCGUAUUUCAUCCUGUUCACAGUAUUAGGCAUACAGGAGCAUCAAGACCCCGGCACAGCGCAUGAAUUUUUAGUUGUGCAGUGGCUGGGUUAUGCCAACUCAGCACUCAACCCAGUGCUCUAUGGAGCCCUCAACAGGGACUUCAGGUCAGCCUACACCCAUUUACUAAUAUGUCGAUGCCCUUACAGUGGUUGGAGGAGACCACAGCAGUCUUCAAUGGGGACAACAGGCGGAGACCAGCUUACAGAGGUUACACUGUUGUGCAGCCACUUACCUCUUUCUUGCAAGGCUGGAGAAACAGAUCAAAACUUGAUGCUUGGGGAAAUGAGCAAUACGACAGAUUCAGCAACUAUGCAAAGUGGAAAUGGUACAGCUGCCACUGAUGUCAGUGGAAAAUAAAGCCUGGAUUGUCCUCAACAGUCGUGGUGAAGUUGAUGCUGUGUGCACACUGGAACUGCAUUUAAGGACCAGAACAAGGAAGAGUGACAAAAAAACUAAUAAAGAUGAACAGUCCAUCUGUUUCAAAGCUUGCGUCACCACAACCACAGCACAGUAUCAAUCAUUGAAUCAAAAAAAUGUGAGAACAAUGGGACUCCAGCAACUCUACAGGACAUUACAAGAACACAGCCUGGCUCUAACCAUUGUGGACCAAGGAAUGAUGAUGCUUCUAUGAGGAUAGAGGAAAAAGAACUCCUCGUCUGAUAAAACUCUUCGACUGCACAGAGAAACAUACAGCUCAGAAUCCUUUAGAAAAAACUUGCCUGCCAUCAUUUUCAUGAACUACAUUUUUUAUACUGGCUCAGAAGUGUACUCCUUCAGAAAGAGAACAGAAAGAGAAAGGACCACAACUUCAACUUGGACCAAAGUAAAUGGACAUGUUUUUUCUUCAAAUGAGCGGAUGAAGUGGAAGAAAUGAGUUUUUUGACUCAUCACUUUUGAAAUGACUUGACAUGUUUUGACAUUUCGAUGAGAAACAUUCUAACUAAUGUUAUGUAAAAAUCUGAAAAAUGCUGCCACCUCCACAUUUUGUCUUCAGAAGUGCUCAUUCAGCAGCAUUAAUCUGACAAAUGUCUGUAUUAUAUCACACUGUAAAUUAAAUAGAGAAAAUGCCAUGUACAGUUCCUCCAGAA